AUGAUUUUGUUUUAUUUUUUUUUCCCAUUCGCUAUCGAUAGUCUCAGAUUUCAGUACGCACUUACAAGUAUAUACUUGCGUAGUCGACAUUGCUGAUGAGAAUUUUAAUUAAAACUUUAAAUCAUUUAUAUAUACUUGUAAAGUUAAUUAUUAUUUUUCUGUAAAGAUUGAUUUUAAAAUUCGAAGUAUUAAAUUAAAUAAUUGAAGUAAUAAUAGCAUCAUUUUUAUCACCAAGCAUUUUACUGAUCGACAGUAAAGCGUAAUUUUUUUGUUUGAAAUUGUUCAGUUCAUUCAACAUCUUUUAAAACAGGAAAAAUUUAGACCAUUAAGAUGAGUCUUCUUUUCAAAAAUCCAAACACUAUUUGUUACGAAUGGAAAACAACAAUAUGUCCUCAAUAUCCUCAAGCAUAUUCAGAUCAAUUUAUGCAUAAUGAUGCCAAAAAUAUUGUUUUUAACAUUGGAAUGAAAAGCAAUACUUCGUCGGACUUUAUGGAAUUAUGGGUAAAAAAAUCAAAUCCAGAAAAAGUUAGUGCUAUUAUCAAAAUUUCUGCUGGUGUCUUGAAAAAAACGGUAGAAAUUCGAAAUUGGGAAGAUAAAUGUUUUAUUAAUGAUUUUUUAACAUCAUAUGCUAGUUUACCUUUCAUGAGAAGACAUGGUCAUAAUCAUUAUGUUCAUGAUAUUAUUAUAAAGUUUGAGAUAAUUUGGGAUAAUAUCAAAGUUUUAAAUGAAAACAAUUUGUAUGAUGAAAUGCAACAGUUCUAUAAAUCUCAAGACUUCAGUGAUCUCACUUUAGUGGUUGGAGAAGUUGCGAUACCAUCACACAAAGUGAUAUUAUCUGCACAUAGCGAUGUUUUUUCUACAAUGCUGCGGUCCGAAUUUAAAGAAUCUAAAGAAAAUAUUAUCAGUGUCAAGGACAUUGAUGUAGAAGCUAUUUUAGAAAUGCUGCACUUCUUUUAUAAAGGAACAACAAAAGCAAAUCAUGAUACGAAAAUAGCAUUACAGAUGCUUGAAGUUUCUGAUAUUUAUCAAAUUGAAAAACUAAAAGAAAUUUGCGAAUCUACAUUAUUGAAAAACAUGUCUGUUGAUAACGUUCUGAACAUAUUUGAUGCAGCAGACAAUCAUCAUGCUCCGAACUUAGUCAAGAGUGCUAUUAAUUUUAUUGUUAGUAACAGCAAAAAAGUUUUUAGCGCAAGUGAAUUUGAACAAUUAUUUUAUAAGAAGCCAGAGUUGAUGUUUCAACUCACAUGUGCUGUUGGUGAUAAAUAACGGUCUUAUUAUUUCAUUCAAAUUUUUUUUAUUUAAAAAUUUGUCAUUACUAUUCAUGUUUGCGCAGAUUUUCUUUUUGCUUUCCAUUAUAUUCAUUAAAAAUCUAAAGAUAUUAUCAGAUGUUUUUUACUUAAAGUAUUACUUGUUAUUAAAACUUUUGUAAUUUUGUUUAUUCAAAAUAAUUUAUCAGCAUUAAUAAUUAAUAAUUAAGAUUUAUUUGAUUAUUAAAAUUAUUUUCUUGAAUAGUUACACAUUAAAUACUAAAAAAAAAAAAUUAAAACUUACAACUGAAUCUUAUAACAUAAAUAAAUAAAUAUUUUGUGUUUUUGAAUGAAGUGUAAAAUAAAAUACUUCUUUAUUUUUAACUAUGAUGUAAGUGUUUGAUAAUUCUGUAAUAAAUAAAGACAUAUUUUUAAUAAUAAUGUAUGAUUUAUAAUUAACUACUCACAAUAUACUUUUCUACUAGAAAAGAAAAUCCUAAUAAAAAUUUCCUUGAAUUUUUGCUCAAAUGUCCGUCAACGUCGGGAUUUUCCGUUUUUGAUAACAAUUUUUCUACAACUUUUAAAGUGAAUUUGCAGUAUAGUUCGGUAUUAAAUUUACGUCAAAUUUGUAGGAAGUUGUAUUGAAAUUGUCAUCAAAAACGGAAAUGGUUUUCAUCAUUUUUUUUACAGCCGGCAUUAAUGCGCAUGCACUUGACAGCCAAGUAAUGGAAAAAAAGAUCAUUCUUUUGCAGACUAAUAAACUAUAAAUUUGAACGCAGCUAUUGAUUCUUAAUCCUUUGCAUUACAAGUGCAUGUUAAAAUUCUACAAACUACAAAAUUCACUGAGUGUCUCUCUUGAAGUA